UGCCUAUCGUGCCUUGUAAACCUCCCUUGCUGCGAUUUUCAGCACAUCAGUCCAGCUGCUGCCACUGCCAAGCAACUGCUAUGCCAGCCAUCUCUCCUAAGAGACUAUCAAGGCUUGCUACUCUGUGCCUUUGGUACCCUGGGCUUCAUACCCCUUGAUGUUCCUACUCACUACCAGCAAGGGACUGCCAGCUCUUCAUUAUCUGUUGCUUUUUCUCCGUCACUUCUGCAUUUAUUUGCUCCUGACAUAGCUCCAGAUCUCUCAUCACCUCUGCUCAAAUUUUUCAGCCACAACAGGCCACCUACAACAGUUGCUCAUUACAAACCCCAUUUUUGAUUGCUUCUGAUUUUUCCAACUAUCAGUGUCUCCAAAGGUCAUCAGCAUGGUCUCUGUACUGUCUCUUCCUUGCCCAGUAUUGAUUCUGCUUAAAAUUCUGUUAAGCAGAAUUCUGUUAUAAUGAUAUAUACGUAGAGAGAUUUGUAAGAUAUUUUUAAUUCUGUGAAUUAUACCCAUCUCAGUGCUGCUAAUGCAUAUGAAAAUAGAGGUGUUUGUAAAGACAACAAAUAGGCCUUCUGCCUUAAAAGCAAAGUGUAUGUGAUUUUCCACAGAGUUCAUUUAGAAUCCAAUCCUUGAAUCAGUUCUGGGCCAGCCAGUCUUACUAUAGGUGGACCAUCAGCAGUAACGGAACUUUGUCAGCAAUCAGGGAGUAGCUGGGAGCAAAAUAGUUAUCUUUUCUAACUACAAAUGUGGAGAGCUUUUUUUGGUCAGGGAUGAGGAACACAUCACAUAACUUUUUUUCUCCAUGAACCUAUUUUUGAAAACAUCUCCUAUAAUAAACACUAACACCUCACCUUACUUUUCCCAUUCAUAAAGUAUUUCAUUUGUGACUGACACUUCUGCCCAAAUGCCAAUGCUUUUAUCCUCUGCCAGCAUUCUGAAGCAAAGGGAGAUUUCUGAUCCAGAUCUGUUUGUAUUGACUUUCGAAUUCAACAUCCUUGGUGUCGUGGUAAGGAAAGAAGAGGUAUAUAAUAUUGUUAUGGCAUCUACCAAUGAAACAGUAGUAACAGAAUUCAUCUUAAUUGGAUUAUCUGACCAACCCAGAGCCCAGAUUAUCUUCUUUUGGCUCCUGUUGAUGGUGUACCUCAUUAGUUUUGUUGGCAAUGGUCUCAUCAUCACAUUAAUUAUUAUGGACUCCCAGCUUCAUACUCCUAUGUAUUUUUUUAUUUGUGUACUCUCCUUGAUAGACUUCAUUCUCAUCAACAAUGUAGUUCCCGAGGUUCUCAUCAACUGCUUCAUUUACAGGCCCACUAUUUCGUUCUCCAGAUGUUUGUCUCAAAUGUAUCUGGGUCUAUUACUUGUCUCAACAGAGUGUGUUGUCCUUGCUGUCAUGGCUUAUGAUCGUUUUGCAGCUAUAUGCAAACCCUUACACUACAUGCAGAUCAUGAGUUGGAGAUUAUGUAUUUGUCUGAUGGCUAUGUCUGUAGGCUUUCCUUCCCUGACAACCCUUACCAAUGCACUAUUGCGACCCACUAACUUUUGUGGUCAAUAUGUCAUCAAUCAUUUUGUAUGUGAAUUGCAGUCUUUCCUUAAACUGGCUUGCUCUGACACACAGAUUAGUGAGAUCUUCAUGCAAAUUGCCACCUUCACUCUUGUAAUCCCACCAUUUGGCUUCAUAGCCAUGACUUAUGGGAAAAUAGGUCAUGCUGUAUUGCGUAUCCAUUCAUCCCAUGGUCGCAGGAAGGCCUUCUCUACAUGUAGCUCCCAUCUUGCUGUAGUCAGUAUGUUUUAUGGGACAAUUAUGAUCAUGUACUUGAUGCCUCAAGGAAAAACUAUUUCUGACAAGGAAAAGAUCCUAUCUGUAGUCUAUGGAGUUCUGACUCCUAUGCUGAAUCCUAUAAUUUAUAGCCUGAAAAACAAGGAUGUGAAGGGAGCUUUUUGGAAACUGAUCAGACAAAAUAUGACAGGAUAGAUUGAAGGCCGCUGUAUCAUACAAUGCAGAGGCAAUAGCAUUUACCAACUGUUUGUAAAGAUUAUUUCCUUCCACCUUCUUUGUAUGGUCAUUUCAAGCAAGAUACACUUCCUAAUAGCAAUCGGGUCUAAUUAAAAAAUGUGUGUGUUCCUUAUGUGUGUUAGAAAGAUUUGUGACAAUCAGACAUCAACAAUUUUCUUAGGCUAAAAGCCAUUUUCUCCAUCAUAGGCAAAAUAGAUAUCAGAUGGCUGUGGUAAUUGUUUCCUGUUCAUGAGUACUGCAAAACUGAUGUCGAAGAAUUGUGUCCUUGAAUUAGGCUUUUCUCAAUGAUUUUGGAUCUGUUUCAGUUUUUUGUUGGAGGUUGAGGACAUUUUCUCUUAGUUAUCAGCAACACCACAAAUGGUCUAAUAGUGGAGAUGACUAAACAGAUUGAUAUGAACCAUAUGAACCGUUAAACAGACUGGUGAACCAUGAAGUUAGGAAACUAAUUGUGGUCAGUCAGAGAUGUCAUCAAAGAUCUUCAUUCUAGAAUAUUUAUUAUCCCAAUUAUUUCUGAACACAUUUUUUCAUGAAAUAGAAAUGGAAAAUAGCAGCAAACAAAUUGACCUUGUAUAUACCAUGAGAUGCAUCUGAUUGGAAAGGACAGGAAAUAGUUAAUUCUACCUCUUCCACCAAGGACCAAGGCCUUAGACAUUGAAUUCUGGAGGAGGAAUGCCUCCCUCUUUACUCAUCCUGGGUUGAAUCCAUAUUAGAAUUAUCCAUACAUGUUCACAUCUUUACUAAUUCUAAAACUUAAUAAAUAAAUAUACAGUACAUUCCCACAGUAAAUGACUUGAGCAAUAAAAAAAGCAUCUGACAAAACAGGAAAGGACUAUAAUAUUAACCACCAUCCCUAAUACCUGCUAGGGAUUUUCAAGCCAUUUUCUACAUUCUGUGACUAGAAUGAUACCUUACAGUAAGGUUAAAAACUGCAGGAUUGAGUUCCUACAGAUAGCCUCUGUUGAAGUAAAUUUAUCAACCUGGUAAUGUCCAUAAAUCUAGUUGCCUCAUUCUGAACUGCUACUAUGUAAUUGUCUUCUAGCAAUAUACUCAACUGCUACUCAAACUAAUGACCAUUUUAAUAAACAAUGUGAUAUAUGUCCCUGUGGAUUGUACAUAGUAUGUAGUAUCAGAGCAUUUCCACCUACAAGAUGCACAAAGUGAUAAUUUCUGAAUUUACAUGAAAAUGUGUCAGGCUAUCUUAAAUGAACUCAAAGAAACAUACUGGGGUUUUAAUAUACUACAAUUGUUGAUAAAUCCCUGUAAUUGAUCUUAUAUGAA